GCCGUCUCCUCAGCGCUGGCCUUUGUGUCCCCAGUGCCGGAGUACCAGGGGGAGCCGGAUGAGAUCUCCGUGCAGAAGUGCCGCGAAGCCGCCCGGCAGGUUCAGGGACCUGUUAUAGUAGAGGAUACCUGCUUGUGCUUCAAUGCCCUGGGGGGGCUUCCAGGACCGUACAUAAAAUGGUUCCUGGAAAAACUCAAACCAGAAGGCCUGUACAAGCUGCUGGCUGGGUUUGAAGACAAAUCUGCCUACGCUCUCUGUACCUUUGCAUUCAGUACUGGAAACCCAGAGGAGCCAGUGAAGCUGUUCAAAGGCCAGACUCAUGGGCUGAUAGUAGAGCCCAGAGGCCCCCGAGACUUUGGCUGGGAUCCUUGCUUUCAGCCGGACGGCUACAACCAGACCUACGCUGAACUGCCCAAAGCAGUGAAGAACUCGAUCUCACACCGGUACAGAGCAUUGAGCGAGCUCUCCGCCUUCUUUCUUCAAAGCAACUCGACAGAGCCCUGCUCCGGUCCCAGCUAGCCUCCCCGAGCUGCGGGCACCCUGUGUUGUCCGUGUCGCGUACUGCCCCGGGAGAGCUCUGCUCUGCUGCGGGUUGCCAUUAAAGCUGCUC